CUGGGAAAAUAGGUGGAGCCUGGAGUGAAGAAGGCCUUGUCUGCUGCACACCGGAUCGUGAGCUUUUUCUGUCGGUAUUGGUGAGCCAUGGAAGGAUUUUAAACGACAGAUCGGAGCCACAUUUUAGACAGAUCCUUCUUGCAGCAGCGUGCCUGGAGGUGGGAGACCAGUAAAGAGAUUAUCGUAGUGGUCCUAAGAGAGACGCUAAGGGCCCAGACAUCUGAACAUUAGGGGAAAAAGCCUUAGGACAGACUUUGGGCAGCCCAGGGAGUUGAUUUUUCUUUUGGUGGGUAAUGAUCAUAUGCACUUGUCCUUAGGAACACUCAGAUAACUGGGUGCCCACAUAGGAGGCAGAGUAGAAGUACUGAUGCUGAGAGGACUAAGCCUGAGGAGAUUGUGGGCCAGGCCAAAUACUAUUUUUCUGUAGAUGUUACUUUAUUUCCUUUUCAUUUAGUUCUUUCUUGCCCCUUCACUGCUUAACCUGGUUAACCCCAUGUUGAGGAUGAUCUGUGUUACUGGGCCCUCUUCCCAAUUACAUUUCUCCUAGUACCAAGCACUUCUUCCUCUGAACAAAAGCUUUCAUAUUUACAUGCUAUGAAAAUUGUGGUAUAUUCUGUCUAGUGUUGGGGUAGUGUAGAAGCGGAUGGGAAAGUGAAGGAGGAUGGCAGUGAACUGAUAUGGCUGGGGACAAUCCUUUCCUGGAGAAGAUAAGAGGGUAUGGUAUUGAAAGAAAACUGUGGAUUUUCCUGGGGAAAUUCAGCCCAAAAGACCUCAGUUUCAAGAAUUGCAAGCACCCAUAAGACCCGGGUAUGAGUCAGGUUGGCAUGAUAAUGAGCCUGCCUUUGCAGAAUGCUGGACUCUGAAACUCAUCUGCAUAAGCAUUUGCUGUCUUGUUAGGUUUGUGUUUGGGGAUGUCUUAUAGUAUAGAGAGUGCAUCUUAGGAUCUGUUUGGUGGCAUAGGCAUGAGGCCAUUGGGAUGAGUUCCUGGGCCCCAUGUGGUCAAGGGGCAGGGCUAGAGUCUAAAGAAGAUAAACUUUGGCCUAGUCUGUCAGGUGUGAGGUGGAAAAUGCAUUAAACAUGAAGUUAGGGAACAUGGGGAAUCUUCAGAAGGCUUGUCAGAACUCUCCCUCAGUUUCUUCUUUUGUAAAAUGGGGUUUAAAACACAGUCUUGUCUACCUACCAGGCAAUGCGAAAGUGGCAGUUCUCUGUAGUCUACCUGUGCGUGCCCUUUAAUUCAUGGGCUCAGCUGGACAGAUUUUAGCUUGAAUAUAGAGUAGCAAAUUGGAACUGGGAUAGUCUCAGAUGCAUGCUUGUCUUCCUUGUUUGCACUUAAAAGUGUCCUCUCUUCCUACAUUAUUGUAUCUCAAGGGAUAGUUUAGAUUUCUGUCUUCUAGUCUAAAACACGUGUAGCAAAAUUUGGAGGUGAUUAGAAACCCCCCAAGGAAGAAGGAAGGAAUAGUCAGGCAAGAGCUGAGGUACUUGGGCUUCUAAAUGAAAAUGUUAUUUUCACAAGGCUCCAUUGGCUAAUGACGAUUACAGAUGUGACCCCAGCAUGAGAGAGCAGAGAUAUUCAAUGCCACAAAUCUCCGAAGUUGCUAGAGGAGGUAUUAAGAUUACUAAAAAUGGAAUGUGAUGAUUUGGGGGUUCUUUUUCAGAUCCACUCUUCUGUGUGUGAUUUAAAGAUUGUACUCUCCAUCUUGGUGAUGGGAAUAAAUAGGCAAGAUGAGAAAGGCCAAAGUGCUGAUUAGAAUGAUUUGGUCACAUGAAAAUAACUAUUGGAAACCUCAUUUAGAAACAAGACUGGAUUAGCUGCCUCUAAAGAAGUUAGCUCUGUGACUGAUGGAGGAUAAUAGGACAACCAACUAGGUUGGAACUGGAGGCUCAUUCCCUUUAGUAGGUUCCUGGAUAUCUGGCAAAGGGAAAAUGAGAACCAACCAACUGGAGAUACAGAGAAAUUGGUCCCCAAGAAUCUGCUUAUCCCAUCUCGCCUGUGGGUAUAGAAAAGUAAGACUUAACUGUGAGGCCCAGUGUCGCAUUUUUACUUCUCAGUUGAGCAUCUUAGAAGUAUCUGGGGUAUUCCAGAAGCUCAGAAAGGCUACUGACUUGGCUUUUUAGAAAUUCCAGACAUACUAAGGACCUUUCCAAGAUGGCUGGGGCCCCUCUCUCCUCUGUAUACUAUAGCUUCAGAAUAUAGCCUUUGAUGGGCCUGAUGCUGGGUAACUAUGUGCAGCCUUCAACUUGGUCCUUUGCCUAAGAUCUUCCUCCUGGCCUGUCCUCCAAGUCCGGGAGCUAUCGUGGUCUUCAAGUUACAGAUGCACAUGUUGAAUGGGGCUCUUCUGGCGUUGCUGUUUCCUGUGGUAAAUACCCGGCUGCUCCCUUUUGAAUUGGAGAUUUACUACAUUCAGCAUGUCAUGCUCUAUGUGGUGCCCAUCUACCUGCUUUGGAAAGGAGGUGCUUACACCCCAGAGCCCCUCAGCAGUUUCCGGUGGGCUCUUCUCUCAACUGGCCUCAUGUUCUUUUAUCACUUCAGCAUUCUACAGAUCCUCGGCCUGGUCACCGAAGUGAAUUUGAACAACAUGCUGUGUCCGGCCAUCUCAGACCCAUUCUACGGCCCCUGGUAUCGCAUCUGGGCCUCGGGACACCAGACUCUCAUGACCAUGACCCACGGGAAGCUGGUCAUCCUGUUCUCAUACAUGGCUGGGCCCUUGUGUAAAUAUCUGCUGGAUUUGCUCCGGCUUCCAGCCAAGAAAAUAGACUGAAGGUGCUUGUUUUUUUUUUUUUUUUUUUCUCCUCCCCAAGGAAGCAAGUCCUGACUUGACUUGGAGAACACCCAGUUCUUGAUGAAAUCAUGGGAGAGGGUAGUAGGAUGUUUGGUGUAUUUCUUUUUUCCUCCUCUCUGUCCCUUUCUUCCUCCACUCUUCCUUCCCCAGCUCCUCCCCCCAGGUUAGCUCCUUGCGCCUGGGGCAUGGUGUGGGCCUGGGUCUUCCCACCUUCCUCCCCUUGGCUCUGUCUCCCUGCUCCGAGUGGCCUUACUCGGGGAGAUGGUAGUAGCGGCUCCCUUGCUCUGCUUGUUGGUGCUUUAACAACAGCCGGUUGAAGAGGCAGGGAACAACAAGCAGUAAUUCUUGCAGUAUCACAGCAGUGAGAUCAGGUUGUGUUUCAUUUCUCCACUGCCAGGGACCUCCAUGCUCAUGCUGGGAUCCCCUUUUGUCUCCAGCACAGCCCCCGUCAGAAGGGGACUCAGGCCUUUUAUCUAUACCAGCGGCAAGCCCAGAGCCAAGGGAUUUCCCAGAUAGUGGUCAAAAUAGAACUGGCCAGAUUCUUCCCACUGGUGUCCCGGGACUCAAAGCAGGGAGCCACCCUGCCACUCCCUCCAGGAUGCUGCCUGGGGUGGGAGGUGAGCAUGCGACCAGCCUCAGGGCAAGAUUCUGCUGAGGGGCCUAUUGAAUUGUGGUGAUGGCGAAUCCACAGCAGCGAGGGUGGCAGUGUGCACAGAGCCAGGCAGGACCCUGUGCAGACUGCCCCUGACAGCUGAGAUCUGACCCACAUCGCAAUCAGAAGUGAGCAUAGGAAUCAAGAAAUCAAUCCAUGCAAGUGGGAACUUGAGAAAACUGAUUCGAAUCACUGUCCACGUUCUUGCUGAUAAUAGAUACCAUCCAAAUCUUGAGUACCCCUUCAACUCGUUCUUGUCCUCUCUCUCUCUCUCUCUCUCUCUCUCUUUGUUUCUGUGUCUCUCUCUCUUAGGCAGCUUCAAGGAAGAGUGAGUUGAAGUUGGGGCUCUGGGUUAUUUUGCUUGUUCAUUUUGCUUGUUUUUGGAUGCUUGAAUUGGGAGAACCCUUGCAUCAGGGCCUGUUUCUGGACGGCCCUAUGGAUCCAUUUCUGGGGCUUACAGGGUGUGGUCACACCCUGGUUUGGGAAGCUAUAGCUCCUGCCAGCGUGAUUUCCCUGGGGCCAGGUUUCUUCAGUACAGCCAGACGCUGCUGAAUUGUUCAAUGGAGGAGGUGUCACGGAUUUCCUGCCCUGCCUUCUCGAAAGCCCACGUCUAGGUCAAAAGGGAGCUGUCAAGGGAUAGGUCUCCAGUGCUAGUGCUUCUCAGGAAGGGAGACAGUGGCCGCGGGGCUGCUGACCUUGCUGACUCUGACUAGGAACACAAAAGCUCCUACAAGCCUCCCCUCCCUUCACCACUCUAGACAACCCCAUUGCCCUGGGCCGGUAGCAGUAUUUUAAGCUUUGUCGUAUUAGUCCUAGAUUGAACUUCAGUGACAGAGGUGGUCAUGGUUUUAGCAAAUGGACCUGCAGGAGGCAGUGCCAUGCAGGAGAGUCUCUGAGGAAGCUGAGACCCAGGGAAGCAAGCCCAGGAGGGACCACCCAUCAGAAGAGGCCUUGCUGGCAUUGAGGUGAUCAGUCCAAGAGCACAGACAGCAGCAGCAGGGGAGAACAUGGAGCACUCUGGAGCCCCUUGUGAUGCAUAACCUGCCAUCAUUUGAGGACUGGGGUAAACUCUUCUUAGUGUCUCUCACCCUAGGGUCACCCUCCAGAGGGUGCACAGCUGGAUUCACCCUGCCCACUAUGAAGCUGCUCUAAGUAGGAGUAACUAGUGAGGAAAUGUGUGAGGUCUUGGUGCCCCUUGACCUCCUUAGAAAUGGUGAGGGUGGAAAGAGAUUAUGAGCGGAGGCCCUGGAGACCUAGCCUGGCCCCACCCACAACAUGGAGUCACUAUAGGCAGAGGAUCAGCUGGGGACUAGCCCUAGAAUGCCACAGUGGUGUAGCGGUAGGCCCUCUUUUCCUCCCUCUUUCUGUGGCAUGGCACAGAUUUCCAGUCAUCUCAGGCUUUCCCCACACUGGCACACCUCCAGAAGUUUGCCUCUGCCCUGGCUACAGCUCAGCACCCCAUUUUGGCAUGCAUUUUCUGGUGCUUGGAAGGAAAGAAGAAAGUGAAAGCCACUUUCCCCUUACCUGUUAGGUGAAAGGGAGAAGCAAGGAGACAGGUUGGCCCAUGAGCAUGGAGGUCAAAGGAACAGAUAAUGGGCCCCACCUAUGGGCUCCACAGGGAGUCCUGGCCUGUAUUUGGGGUGUUGGGGAGCAGUGGGCAUCAGAACUGGUCAGUGUUUCUCCCUUACCUUGGGCCAGGCCCACGCGGAGAGAGGUAAUGUGACCAGAGGCAAGACAGCCUGCCUUGGGAGUGGCCCGGUACCUGUCCCACAGACAGACAGCUGUUGGCUAUAGUACAGAAGUGAGGGAGAAGCCGCGGUUUGCACACCCAGGGAUCAGUGGGCCCUGUCUUCCCAAUCCUUCCUCAGGGCUUUCCUGUCAGUGCUGAGGCUGUUCCCCAACCACCCUGGCCCAGUUUCCAGAUGCCAUCUGCCAGUGUGUGAGAGAGUUUGUGGAAGUGGCCAGCUGCCUUUCAGACAGCCCUAGAAAGGGAGACCAAUGCUCUGCCAGGCCCCCAGGUAGCCUUGGUCAAGUAUCUGAGCCAAGGAGAACAGUCUGUUGAGCUGGCCAACUUGUAGCAUCCACUCUGAAUAGCAGAGAGCUGAUCACGUCUGCUUCGGGUCGUCCCCACCCACAGUGUUUGGUUUUAUACACCAAAGAUCUGGCCCAGCUUCCUCUGCAAGUCAGUGAUGUGCCCCUCUGUCAGCCUGUGAGGGCACCAUGGGGUUCUGAAGCCACAAACUCCCUCUCCCCAAAUAUCUGUCUCUCUGGACACUUGGUAGCACUCACAGAAGCUGUGUGCAGGUCCCUUGGGUAAGUGGGGCAGCUGGCACACUUUAAUGCACAGUACCUCAGUCCAGCCGUCAGAUCAUCCCUUUUGCUGUAGCCUCCAUCAGGGUUUUGAUAUGUGUGACAAUUGAUGAUUCAGUGCUUUGUGGCAUGGGCACAGCUCCUCCCAGAUAGCACAGUGUCAGCAGAUCUCUGUGCACUGGAGUCAGGGCUGGGAGAUGCCCUGGGCAUGAGCUAGGUACUCAGGAGGCGGCAAAAGGUCCCUUCCCUCUUCCUUCUGCCAAAGAAACUCUGGAUUUGUGGGCAGUGACCCAGCACCAUCUAUCCUCUUUAGAAGAGGAGUUUCUAGAUGGUGUCUAUGGAAGAGGAGGUAGAGGAGGGAAGAAAAAGACCAUGUGUAACACUGUAGGACAAGACACUGGUGUUGGUUUUGGUCAACUGGGAGCAGGCACGUGGGAGGGACUCGUGCAGGCUCCUUGGCAAGGCCCAAACCUGGGAAGGGGCUUCCCCAGUUACCACCCUGCUCCCUUUGAGGUGGGGAGCCUGGGAGAGGGCAUGAGCCUUCCUCUAGUUUAUGAAGAACGAGCCCAGUUGUGCUCAGGAAAACCUAGUCUCUUGCUGUUACCCUUGUCUGUAACAUUUUUGUACACUGGCUUGCUACGUGGCACUAAACAGAUAAAAAAAAAUCCCAUGCAAAACAAACAAAACAAAAAGUCAUUUCAAACAAAAGUGUUGUUGUUUUGGAAACUCUUUGCUUUCUUUUGGUAUCAAUGUUGUGUUACAUUUUAAAGACUUUCUGUAUUGGUAUUAUUGUAGCAAAGAGAGUAAAAUAGGCUGAUAUAUAACUAUUUCUGCUGGGACAUUGGCAAAGGCCUCUGCCCCUCUUACUAUUCCCCCGUCCUUCCUGGUUCCCAGGCUGGGAUUGCUGUGCACUGGGCCCACCCUCCCCGACCCCACCCCAUGCAGCGGCUCCCUUCAGAACCAGUCUUUGGAACCCCCCUAGACAGCAGCAGGGUGAGCCUCUUUGUCAGGCUGGUUCUUGGGUGCUCUGUGCCCCUUCCCCCACCAUUUUGCUCACCUCUUGGGGUGUUUUGUAAUGUGUUUUCUCUGUUUUGUAAAACCUUUUGAUUGUACUGAAAUGAUUUCUGCAGUCACCUUUGCAAAUAAAUGGUCCUUAAUUUGUGUAUCUAGCAUUCUGAA